AUGCAUUCUAAAACAAUUUUACCUUUAAUGUUAUUUAGUUUAUUUAAAUUGUAUUAUUGUGUAGAAGACGUAACCCCUCCUCCAGGAUCAACGUUUUAUUUCGCGUACGGCAGUAAUUUGUUAACCAAACGGUUGCAUCUCAACAACCCAUCGGCGGUUUUCUACAGCAUCGCCAAACUUGCGGAUUACAGAUUAGAUUUUAAUUAUCAAAUGGAAGCCUGGCAAGGCGCCGUAGCUACUAUCGUAGAGGACAAAGAUGCCCACGUCUGGGGCACCGUUUGGACCAUGGAUACUGACCAACUGCAUUAUCUAGACGAUCAAGAAGGUGUGGCGAUCGGUUUGUACUAUGCCAAGAACGUGACUGUGACGACACCUAGCGGCCAGCAGUUAGUAGCCCGCACUUACAUAGAAACCAUAAACCCUGAGAAAGCUGCAAACGGCACGGACAUCCCUAUGGAAAGACGCCCUUCUAAUACCUACCUCGAGGUCAUCGCACUUGGUGCAAUCGAAUCCCACCUUCCAGCUGAUUACAUAGGUUAUAUUUUCUCUUUUCCAACAAAUGGAAAAAUGGCUAGCAAGACUAGAAGAGAAGAGUUAGGAUAUCCUUUUUAA